AGAGGCUUAACUGGUGUCAUCCAUCCAUCUAUCACAAGCCUCACCCAUCUCACCCACCUCAAUCUUUCCCACAAUUCUCUCCUGGGUUCUCUCCCUGAUGAUUUGUUUUCCUCUCUCUCUAGUCUCCAAGUCAUUGACUUGAGCUUCAAUCGUCUCAUCGACCACCUACCACCCCCUUCAAAUAAAAUCAGUCAGCUUCAGGUUCUGAACUUGUCUAGCAAUUUCUUCAAUGGAAAAAUCCCAUCUUCGAUCCUUGUCCCAUCGGUGUCUAUUUUCAAUGUCAGCAACAACAGCUUUUCCGGGUCAAUACCCAUUGACAAUGAUAGCAACCACACAUCCCUUACCUUCUUGGACUUGUCCUACAAUAAACUCAAUGACACAAUUCCUCCUGGAAUCGGAUUAUGUUCCAAGCUCCAAGUUUUCCGUGCAGGCUUCAAUAGCCUCUCUGGUUCUCUCCCUGAUCAAAUUUUCAACCUUGCUGAUCUCCGACAGCUCUCUCUGCCUGUCAAUAGUCUUACAGGACCCAUCAAUGAUGGUAUCAUGAACCUCACCAAUCUCCAGACCCUGGAGCUCUUUUCAAACCAGUUCUCUGGGCCAAUCCCAAGCCAAAUUGGUAACCUUUCCAGGUUGGAAAAUCUGCUGCUCCACAUCAACAAUCUCACAGGUCCCUUACCUCUAUCUCUCGCCAACAGUACAAAGCUGUCCGCUUUGAAUUUGAGGGUCAACAACUUGACUGGAGACCUCUCUUCCUUCAACUUCUCCCCUCUCCAACGCCUCACCACUCUGGACCUUGGCAACAACAACUUCACUGGUGAGUUACCCAAAAGUCUCUACUCUUGCAAGUCAUUAACAGCUAUUAGAUUGGCCAAUAAUCAGCUCACAGGACAGAUAUCACCUGAAAUAGUUGCAUUAGAAUCCUUGGCUUACUUCUCCAUCUCUACUAACAACCUCACAAAUGCCGCUGGGGCUUUUAGGAUUCUAAAGGGUUGCAAGAACCUGACCACUCUGGUCCUGUCCAAGAAUUUUCUGUUUGAGCCUGUGCCAGAUGAUGAAAGCCUAGGAGACCCCGAUGGAUUCCAGAGUCUUCGGGUUUUUGCUCUGGGGGGUUGCCAAUUCACAGGUCAAGUACCCACCUGGCUAGGCAAGCUUAAAAAUCUUCAAGCCUUGGACCUGUCAUUUAAUCUUAUAACUGGUUCUCUUCCCGGUUGGUUGGCUAGUCUGCCCAACCUUUUCUACAUUGAUUUGUCCAAUAACCUCCUUCAAGGCGGAUUUCCUAAUGACCUCUGUGGGAUGCCAGUUUUGACAUCGAAAGAGGCCAGUGAUAAGGUGGACAGUAGUCAUUUAGAGUUGCCAGUCUUUGUGAAGCCCAAAAAUGCUAGUGAUCAGCAGUACAAUCGACUCUCCAACCUCCCCCCAGCCAUAUAUCUGAGUAACAACAGCCUUAAUGGCAGUAUCCCCAUUGAGAUUGGCCGAUUGAAGUUUAUUCAUGUGUUGGACCUUAGUCAUAACAAAUUCUCUGGCAGCAUCCCAGAUCAGAUUUCUAACCUCACUAACUUAGAGAAAUUGGAUCUUUCCUAUAACAAUCUAUCUGGUGAAAUCCCUGCAUCUCUCAAAGAAGGUCUGCAUUUCUUGUCUUCCUUCAGUGUGGCAUACAAUGAUCUUCGGGGACUUGUACCAUCUGGAGGUCAGUUUGAUACUUUUACCAUCUCCAGCUUUGAAGGGAAUCCGGGCCUAUGUGGUCCUCCAACUGUACAUCGCACGUGCCCUCAACCAUUAUCACCAGCAGCUGGUCCAAGAUCCAACAGUCACAGAAAGCUUCUUACUGGACUCAUUGUUGCCAUUGGUUACUGCAUUGGCUUUGGCUUUGGUUUUGGCUUUGGUUAUAAACAAAACUUUAUUGUAAUUUAAACUGGAAUUUCAUUGAUCAACAAGUGCUUGAAUUUUAAUAUCUUUCAUUGUUUCUAAAGUUCAAAAUAUAUUGAAGUAACAGACAACAACAGUUAAUCUCAACUCCAUUGGAGAGAAAAAUAAAAGCAGAGCAAGAGAACCAAACUAACCUGGAAGAGAGGGAACUGCCAGAAAGAAGACAACAAGAAGCCAAUACGAACAAGAAGCCCAAUCCAAUAAAACCCGGGCCAUCUCUCAAGUCUCAACCCAUUUGAUUUGCUACACCUAAUCUAGAUUCUAGUGAUCGAAAAAGACCAUUUGACCCUUGUCAGUCCCUACGGAGUCCGCCUUAUCUCUCCAUAAACCCUAAAAAAGAUAUUUAAAAAACCUAUUAAAGCUCUUCCCUCGACUUCUCCAAAAUCCACCAGAAAGAGAGAAACCCAUAAAAAGCUUUCAUUUUUCUUUUUGUUAUUUCACUUUAAUCUUUUGGAAA